CCCAUCAAACGCUAUAUAUUUGCAAGAAAGGGGAAGCUAAAGAAAAGACAAUCCCAUGAGAGGCCAAGAGCCACGUUCAACAUCUUCUUGUGCGGCUUGCAAGUUCAUGAAAAGGAGGUGCACCCCUCAUUGUCUCUUUGCACCUUAUUUUCGAGCCGAUGAGCCCAACAAGUUUGCCAAGGUUCACAAGGUCUUCGGUGCAAGCAAUGUCACCAAGAUCCUAAAUGAGGUCCCCGAACCACAACGACAUGAUGCGGUCAAUUCCUUGGUGUUUGAGGCCGAGGAGCGGCUCAAGGACCCGGUGUAUGGAUGCAUUGGCGCGAUAGCGUCUUUACAGGAUAAGAUGUUCCAGUUGCAACAUGAUCUAGCUGUGGCUAAAGCCCGACUAGCUCGAUGCUCAUCCAAAACAUCUUAUGCUUCUUGCUCGACUACAUCACCAUUCUUGAUGUUGGAUGGUGACUUUGGUAUGUCCUCUUUCGGUGAUUUCACAAUGGAUCAAGGUGGGCUAACAAGUGACUUUCACCAACACCCUUUUCCAUGACAGGACGUUGUUAAUUUAGAGACGGCGUGAUCUACUAGAACUAGAACUUGCAAAUUAAGGACUUCUUACGAGACUAAUAUUUCGGUUCGUCAGUUGUCUUUAUCUUUUUAUCGGUUUGGAUUCAGCAUAAUAGUUCAAAUCCUAUGUGAAUUCGAAGCAACUGAUUUAGGUAUUGAUGGGUUUUGCUGUAAUUAUUGAUCUUGAAAAAAUGCUACAAAGAGAUGCUUAUUCUUCU